AUUGUGAAAAUCGAUUGUACCGUAGUCUGUGUGAUUUCUAUCGAGUGUCAGACUAUUAACAACAACUGUUUUUGUAGAGGAAGGUCGAUGUUACUAUAGCAACAAUAUCAUCGCAUUUUCUUUUUAUUCAUUCAAUCAACUUGAAUGAUAAGAGAAUCAAGGUUUAAGCGAAGAAAUUAAGAGGACAGUCAAAUCAUCAGGAUCUUUUACCGCUGCGCAUACCUUAACUUUUAAACUAAAGUAAUGGAAAUAAUCAGUACAGAAGUAGAAACAAGGCCGUACGUAAAACGAUAUAAUCCUUAUUGUCUAAUCUCUAAUUGGAACGAAGACAUUCAUUUGGCUGAGGCUAAAUUGGAAGAAUAUCUAAAAAGGAAGGAAGAAGGAAGCUUAUUAGUGCAAAGAAUAAAUCGAAUUCUAAAUUCGGCCCUGACACCAGUAAAUCUAACACCCGCGAAAGAAGACGGAUACGUCAGAGACGGAUCCGUGGUGUCCAUCAAAUCCUGCGCCGUCGACCACGCGUAUUUGGCAGCCAGUCCCCACGUUCCCGACCACGAAGGUAAAGAAUGCGACGAGUUUGCCUCUCCUUGUUCGGUAACGGCCACUUACUACUCGUCGCCCUGUCGUCGUAACGUCUUCGUCAUCAGAAAAGUACCCGAAAUUACGCGUUACGGACUUCCUUUUCGAGCCAAAGUCGAGGAAUCCGAACCUAUUCUGUUUGGAGAGAAGGUGACUUUUUCUAAUCUGGAUACCUGCGGGGGUCUGAUGCUGUAUUCGGAUCUAAACGACGCGGUACGCUACGCUUCUAAGUCCAAACACCAGGAAGUGUCUUUGACCAACCAGCGUUCCGAAAAACUGUACUGGAAAAUUUUACCGCGCGAUCCGACUUUCGGGUUGGAACUGGAAGGUUGGCCCGUACCGGCCAACGGGGAGGUGGUGAUAAAUCACGCUCACACUAACAGACAUUUGGCCUUGGAGAAAUACCGAGUCAGAACCGUAUUCGGUACGGAUUUCGAAGUGUCGGCCCACAGGUACUCGGAUCGGCACGGGGCGGAAGAAGUUAGGAAUGCGUGGAAGAUAGUCACGGCUCCUCCCCCGCAUCUACGCCCUUGAGUGAAAAUUCGUGUUACAGAAAUUACGCUUAAGAAAAAUAAACUAAUUUCUUGCGGCCGAUAUUCCGCCCGGCGUAAAAUUCUCACCCGGUUUUUUCCCAUCCGAGUCUAUCCGUUACAAUGUCGUCACAUUGCAAUUUUUGUUUAAAAAAAUUGCCGAUUAAACGAAACGUUCCGAAAUAAAUUGGUAAAAACGUUAGAGAUCCGACACGACGUUCCGGACGUAUGGAAUUACGCUAAAAUUGAAUGGGAAAACAAACUAUUCCGGCAUAAAAUUACGCCAAGAACUUCCAUUCUUUCGUAAGUUGCGCUAAAAAGUGGAAAUAUUUAAUUCCCAGCGCUUAAAAUUUUGAACACUGGUAAACGCGUAACGACGACAAGCAAACCAACAAUUUUUUGAACAGUUUUUAAUAUAUGGAAUGGGAAUUACACUGUCACAAUUAAUGUGAGUACGACCGUCGUCCCUGGGGCUGCAAGAAAAAAUCCGGCCGUCCCAGAGACGACGGGAAAUUUCAAUUUCUUACAGUUUAAAAAGUCGUAUCAAAAAAGUUAGAAAAAGCGAGUAACAAUCGACGGAAAAAGACUACAAAAACUGUGCAUAGAUAAAUUGUGCAGUGUCCUCCAAUUGUGCAGGAAGUUUUCGGAUGGAUUCCAAUCGGAGGUCUGGUCGACCCGUGGCAGUGUCGAGGCUCUUCUGGCGCGCGUACGAAAAACGACUGUACUACGGAUAAUGGAGGAGGAGAAAAGAUUUUGUCCGUCGUCGCUCCCGAGACGUAGAAAGAUUUAACUAAUAGAAAAAAAAAACGUGGACCCGGCCGCGUCCAAGCACAUAUUUACAGUUCGACGUGGUGUGUCCGGAGGGCCCGUCAGGUCUUCUUCCAGACGUAGAAAACGGUGAAGACGGCCACGGUCAGGGCGCAGAUGGUUAUUACGGCUUUCGGCACGUAAUUGCCUAGGACGACGCCCUGAAAAAUACGUUAGAAAAUUAAACAUUCGUCUUUUUUCUUUAAAAA